AUGUUUCCUGCAAACAUAUCACAACUAAUCAAAGAAAAAUAUGAUCUGGCUUACAAUAAUGGCCAUUUAAAGUUCCUUCAAACUGACUCAAGAACGGUUAAUGAUUCCAAUACUGGAAUGCAAUAUGUAGUGAGUUUUGCUCCAAGUUUAUUAAAAAAACCUGAACGUGGAGACACUCCUAAAAAUGUAGAUCCUUUAGGUAAUUCAGAACCGGAAUUAACUGUUCUGGAGGACUUAUUUCAAGACAAAGAAUACAAGUUAGUAUUAAAUAAAUAUCCCAUCAUAUCUGAACAUUCUUUAUUAGUUACUAAUGAAUUCAAACAUCAAACUUCAUCGUUAACAUCAAAGGAACUAUUACAAUUUUAUGAAUUGAUCGCUCACUUAGAUGAAAAUAAUGAACAAUCUAGACACACUAUUUUCUAUAAUUGUGGGCCAGCAAGUGGAUCAUCAUUAGAUCACAAACAUUUACAAUUAAUUAAGUUACCCUCUGAUUUGUCACCAUUUCAAGAUAAGUUACUUUCAAGGGAAUAUCAUUUCUCAUCGACUAUUAAAAAUGAAGAACCAUUACAAGAUAGAAACAUCUCAUUUGCUCACUUUGUCUUACCGUUACCGAAGUCCACAAAUGAAAUUGAUGAAACCUUCUUACAGCGCUGUUAUAAAAUAUUGUUACAGAAAUUAAAAACUGUCUGUCAGAAUGAAACAUUCAUUAGUCACAAUCUCAUACUGACAAAGAAUUGGAUUUGUUUAAUUCCACGUUCCAGUACAAAAGCAAGGACUUUGAGGAUUGGAUUUAAUUCAGUGGGUUAUUUAGGUAUAGUCCUAGUAAAAUUUCAAGAUGUCUUUGAUCAAAUUGUUGAGAAUCCUCAAUUAUUAAACAGUGUGCUAUUAGAAUGCGGUUUUCCUAACACCUUAGGUCAAAUACAAAUAUGA